AAAAAUCAGCGGUCACACCGAGCCGGACUGCAUCCCUCUAAAAAUUGACAUUUUUGCCUGUGAAAAAAAAGAAUACAUUUUUUUGGAAGUGUUUUGUGUUUGAAAACACGCGUGUAUGGCUGAAUGGAGUGAUACAAAAUGCACUGAAAAAAUGUACAAUAUGGUGUAGUCGGGUCGCACAGAAAGUGGUGGGCAUUCGUUGUUCCACUUCUCUAAAUAACACACGCAUACACAGACACGCCGCCGAGUGUCAACAGCUGCCCUGGCCCUGGCCACCCGCCGUCAAAAUGUCGGACAUUAACGAUGAUUUGCUUAACUACGAACUACUGGGCGACGACAUCGAUGAUCAGGCCCUGCUCGGAGCCGAUGAGGAUGAGCUGCUUCUUUCGGACGAAGAGCUCGAAAAGGAUGUCACCAGCGAGGUGAAGCAACAAAUGCGCGCCGAGGCAGAGGAAUGGGCCCAGGAGCAACUGCGUCAGCAUGAGCGCAAGCAGAAGGAACAGUCCGCCGCCCCAGUUGAGGCAUCAACAUCAGAGCAAACUGCAGUAGCAGUUGUAGCUGAUGAGGAGACAGCAUCUUCCACAGUGGUUACCACAAAGACUCAAAGUCUAACUACUGUGGUGGCAACUGACCCAAAAGUCCAAACAGACGACACAGUGGUAGCGAUUUUGGCGGAAACCACACCACCGCCAGCAGUGGCUGUGCAGAAAGCUACAGAAGAGACAACCACUAUGAAAAGCGCAGAAAAAGUGCCGCCACAGUCGAAGAAGGAAGCAACGCCUCCGACUCAGGCAAGUGGAAGUGGCAGGGCCAGUGCCAAGGCCAUCGCAAACACCUCUAGCAUCAGCACCAAAGAGACAUUAGCCAGAGAUGCUGCGGAUUGCACAGCCAAGCAGAGCGAGGCUGACAGUGAGAGCGAGACCGGACUGGGACUGGGACCUGCUUCAUUGCUGGCCUCUUCCCAGGAGAGUCUGCCUAGUGGCAGUUCGGCAUCGGAGCUGGCCGACCUGCGUGAGGAUGAGGAGGAGCGCGAGGAGCGCACCAACUACAAGACUGGCAGCGAGCGAGUCGAAAGCAGUCACAGGCAGCAUCAGGAGCACUCCCACUCUAUGUCGCCAUUUCAGCAGCAUCAGCAAAUGCAGCGGCGACACCAAAACCAUUCAGACAAGUCACGAGUGGGAGGCGGGGGACGAUUCAUGCACGGCCAGCAGCAGCAACAGCAGCAGAAUCAAAUGGGCAAACCGAUGCGAGGUAUGGGAGGCGCACGUCAUCACCUGCUGCGCAAUCCAACGCCCAUGUUCGGGACAAUGCAACAGCAGCAACAGCGCAUGGGGAUGUCUGGGAUGCCGGCGCCACAGCAACGAUAUAGCAUGCCGGGACAAUAUCCGCCCAACCAGCCACCCAACCAGUCACAACAGCACCAAGCACCGAACCAACAACAGCAACAACAACAUAAUGCUCCUGCCUCUCCCUUGCUGAAUCCCUCGCACAUGAUGCACCACAAUCACAAUCCAAACGGAGGAAUACCACCGCAUCUGUUGCCGCAUCCCCAUGAGCAAGUGCGCGUCGGCCUGUUGCAGCCACCGAUGUCGUAUGCCCCCCAGCCGGGCGGCUAUCGAAAUGGGGCGCUGCUGGGACCAGGUCCGCCACUCCUGCCGCCAACUGGUAUGCGUCCGUCACUGUAUCGCAAUGCUGGCCCGCCGCCAUCUGUCUAUGGCGGCUAUGGGGAUCACGGCCAUCCGCCACCACAGCAUCCGCCACAGUUUAUGAGGCCGCACAAUGGCUGGAGGCCGCAGGGGGACGGAGCACGCAUGCCGCGUCCGCCCCUUCAGGCAUUGCCGCCGCACAUGAUGCCAGGAGCGCCGCCCAACUAUCCGAAUGGGAUGGUGGGAAUGCGCGGACCACCACCACAACAACAGCAGCAGGUUCAGCAGCAGCCGCCUCAGCCGGUGCGUCCACCACAGCAGCAACAGCAGCAGCAGCCGCCAAAUCCUACUCAACAGCAGCAGCCACAACCGAACGGUCCACCGGCACAACAGGGUGGUGGUCCAGCGGCCAUACCGCGGGUCAGCAAGGUGCUCAUCAAUCCGAAUUUCAAGGGCGGCGUCGAGGCAGCCACCAACAAGUUCAUCAAGGAGACACACUUCAUGCCGGCCAUCAAUAGCGACGAGGAGCUGCUGCGCCAGCAGGAGGAGUUCAUCAAUAAGAAUCGUCAGUACUUUGAGAAGCGGCGAAUGGAGCGCUCGCCGCCACCGGCUGGCUCCAGUUCGAGCUCUGGGGCAGCCUCUUCGUCGGUUCAGGCUGGGGAGCGGCGACGCAGUCGUAGCCGCAGUCGUUCCCGUGGCCGCAGCUAUUCGCCCGCCAAGCGUGCCGAAAGGGAGCGCGAAAGGGAGCGGGAGAGAGAGCGUGAUCGGGAACGUGAGCGCGAACGUGAACAGCGGUAUGGAACGGCCAAUCGGCCAGUCGGGAAUCGUGGAUUCCGAAGGGUUGCUAGCCGCGAUCGAGACGAGAAUCGCAGUGGAGCGGGUGGCACGCCAGGAAGUGCACCAACACCCAGUGCCGGUGGAAGCAGUGGCGGCGGCGGCCCCGGCGGCGGAGGCACUGUUGUUCCCAACAAGAGACGUCGCAGCGGUUCCAACGGCUCUGUGAAUCGUAACCCCUUCUCGGGUGAGCCACGCGGCCGACCCUCGGACACUGGCGGUGGUCGCACCGCAGUCAGUGGAAAGGCCAGCGAGGAGGAUGAGGAGACUCGCAUCUAUCGCCUGGAGAUUGAGAAGCAGAAGCAACUGCGUGAGAAGAUAUUGCGCGACAAGGAGCUAAAGCGUAGGCGCGCGGCCGAAGAGAAGCUACACGAGGACAAGCGCGCCGAACAGCAUAUUUCGCCAGGCCGUGACGAGAAGGAGGCGACUGGUGCUGGACUAGCACCACCACAAAAGCAACGUCCGGCAGCUAGUAGCCAUGAGCGCAAGGUUAUCUCGCUGAAGCGUCGCGAAGACCUGGACCAGGCGGGGGGCAAUGGCAACGGCAACGGCAACGGUGGGCGCAGCAGCAGACAACAGCAAACAUCAUCGACGGCGCCCGCUCGUAAGCAAGUGACGGCGGCCAAGAUAGCGCCGGAAGCUAAAAGGAGUAUAACCGAGCAUCUGGCGCCCACCCCAAAGCCGCAGCACGGAUCAGCAGCGACCGCCGCCCUAGCAAGAUCGAGUACAGGCGGAGCUGGUGCUGGUGGUGGUGGUGCCACUCCACCCACCACUUGCAAGCCACGCGAUACGCUUCGUCUGGGCACGCCCAGCGACGAUGAGGUUGAGCUUGACUACGAUGAUGAUGAACUGAUGCUGGACGAGGAGGAUCGCCUAUUGGCCACACCGUCGCCACCACCGCCCCAGCAUCAGAGUCAGCAUCAACAUCAGCAGAGGGCAAGCAACAAGCGUUCGGCCACGCCCGAUAUGUUGGUUGUGAAGCGCAGUCAGAAAGCCUCCCGCGGUGGCAACUCAUCGUCAACGGGCAGCUUUGGCUCCUCAAAUAGGCGUGUGGUGCUGAAGCCUACCAGCAAUGGGAGCGGCGGUGUAGGUGGAGAUCAGCAGCAGUCUUCUCAUGGCAGGCAGCGGGAUAGGCGACAGCGUGGGGAUGACCACAUACUGCAGAGGAAAGGGAGCAAUGCCGGAGGCAGCAACUCAGGAGGCAUCUUUGAGCGUCUGGAGAAGCGGAAGGCAGCAUCCUCUGGAGGAAGCGGCGGUGGGGGCGGACACAAGCAGCGUGGCCGAGGGCCGGCCCGCAUUGUACUCAAGCACGAUUGAGGAUUGGAGAAUGAGAAGGGGAAGAAGAUAAAGAUUAAGAUAAAGAAAAAGGAUUGAGGCAGCAAAAAUAGAAUUAAGCUUUAAAUUGCAAAGUGUAACAGAUUAAUUGUGUAUUUUUUGUUAUAUUUAAAUUCCAUUCUGGCCGAUCAAUGUUGCAGCUUGGCAUUGACAGAAUGGCAUUAGAUUUGUAAGCUCUAAAGUUGCAACACUUCAAAUUGUUGAUCUGUAGAUCUGUUAUUAGUAAGAGUGAGCCUAAGCCCUAUUGUGCGCGUAUACGGCAAGAUUAUACAUAUAUAUACAUAUAAUAUAUAACAAUACAAAACAUAAAUUGUAUCUAUUUACAUAGAUAUAGAGAUAUUGAAUUAGAUUUUAAAUGUAAAGUUCGUAUAACUAUGACUAAAACGUGCUUCGUUUUCUUAACAACAACAACAACAACAAACAACAAGUGUAUUUAAAUAUAGAAUUAAGUGAAUGGGAUAUGCUUUAAGCUUGACCUGAACAACAUCAGAAAAUAGAAACAGAAGAAACAUAACCAUAGACCCCAAACCCAAACAACCACAAGACAGACAAAUAUGAAUUAAGUGGCAUUGGCAUGCAAACAAAACCAUUAAAUAAAUUUAUAUAUAUGUACACUUAGAUAUAUGGUACAUGUACUAUUCGUAUAUAUCAUAAAGGAUAUAUACAUAGUAUAAAUGCAAUUUUAGUUGUGAAUGAGUGUCUCGUUUCUAAACUAAAUUAAGCUCAAAUAACGAAUGGCAUCAAUCAGAUGUAAUGACUCUUAAAGCCUCUUCGAAUUAAUUAUUGAGAAACGAAAAUGAAAUUUAAUACCUAUCGACAUUUAUCUAUCUACAUAUUAUUUGUUAUUUUUGUAUUUUGUAUUUCUUUCGAUUGUAUUGCACUUUGAUUUGAUUGUGUUUUUACCCAUUAGAAAAUAAGGUGAAAAUUCUUAUAAAAAGGGGGAGUAUUGGGCUUAAACUCUAGAUUCCAUACAACUAAACAAACCCCGAAAAUGAAUAAUAUUAAAUGAGACAACACACAAUUACACAGCUCAUCCAUCCGCCACCAUUUCCAUAUUCACUCGAUAAUCUCAUAGACAAAUUUACAUCGUACUACAUAUACAUAAAUAUUUAUAUAUAUAUAAAGAUCUAUAUAGAUCCGUUUAAACGAGAGAGUGGACACAAGCCAUAAAAUCCAUUGACGAUUCUUGUUAAAUUAUUACCACACAGACACACACACACAAAAACUACACUACACAUACAUAUAUGUAUUGAAACCGCUGAGAACUUUGAUAUAAUUGGCACAAAAUUGUGUGUAUAUUUAAGACAGGAUUCAAGAUAAAGUAGAAUACUAUUCGAAACUUAAGAAUUCGACUUAAAACUAAAGAUCAAAGCAAAGAUACAUGCCAUGAUAUGAUAUGCCUGCAUGUAAUAAUACACAAUAUACGGAAUAAAGAACACCGAAUUCCGAAUAGCGAUAUAAUCUAAUCAAAGCGAAUCCUAAUGUUGGCAGGAGGAGCAGGCUCUUCUGCUUAUAAUUGUAACUUCUUGUCCUUGAGCAUAUUUUUGUUGUUGAAAUUGUAUUAAAAUUGUGACCACAUAUAGGAGAAAAAUAGUACACAAAGAAUGCACGCAAAAGAUUAUUCAAUGCAAGAAUAUCUACAUAAAUGGGCAUGCAACAAAAAUAAGUGAAAAUGGUAUCGUAUAUAUGUAUGCAGAGAUACGUAUAUCUACGUAUAUAGCUCUAAUAAUCGUAAUGCUACACAAUAUGAUAUAAUAUAUGGAUUAAUAAAAAACAAAUUAUAUAAAAUGCAUACGUAAAAAACAUGCAGCCUGCAUAAUUGUAUAGCAAACAUUUUAAGUUAUUCCACGCCACGUGAUUCUAGUUUUGUAAGAACAAA